AGACAGUGUCAACAAUGGACCUUCAUCGACCGAAUAUUCUCAACCAAAUGGAUUAUAACGCUGAAGGUCGACAUUUUAAGGAUGGGAAAGUGCAAUCUAUUAACGAAGAGCGACUUGACAGUGGAGUCGAUUCCCUGAAAGAAGAGGAAUAUGAAGUUGUCGCCAGUGAGCUGGCUUGUCUUCGUCUGGAUUGUCCGCCGCCGAAGAGAGACGAAUUUGGCUAUGAACCGUGGAAAGAACAAGUUUCAGAAGACGGAGACACGCUUCUCCACCUUGCUAUUAUCCAUGAAGCUAAGGACUGUGCAAGGAAGAUGAUAGAUCUGUCAUGCAAUGAUCCUUUCCUCAACCAACAGAACUACCAGAGACAGACUCCCCUCCACCUGGCUGUGAUAACAGAGCAGGCCGAGCUAGUGGAAUGUCUGCUGAAGGCUGGCUGUGACCCCACACUAGUGGAUGACAGUGGCAACACAGCCCUCCACAUUGCCUGUAGGAAGGGUGCGCUCACCUGCUUCAGUGUUCUCACCCAGACCCAGGAAUGCUCUACCCAGCUCCCAGUCAUCAUGGCCAUGCCAAACUACAGUGGUCAAAACUGCUUGCAUCUGGUCUCUAUCCAUGGCUUCCUCUCUCUAGUAGAGAGCCUCCUUACUCUCGGAGCUGACAUCAAUGCACAGGAGCAGUGUAACGGCCGUAGCCCUCUCCAUCUCGCAGUGGAUCUACAGAACCUGGACUUGGUGCGUCUCCUGAUCAGUAAAGGUGCCAACGUCAACAGCUUGACCUACGGAGGUCAUACACCGUACCAUCUGACCCACGGACGCCAGAACACCACCAUCCAAAGGGAACUAUACGAGCUGACCGCUCAGGAGCUGAGAGAACUGCCAGACAGCGAGUCUGAGGACAGCGAGGUGGAAGAUGAGGAGGGGCAGUCGGACGACGAAGAGGUGACGUGUUGGUAUGAUGACAUCCAAUGGAAUGGGAACAAGUAGGAAGAACACAGAACGUCAAGAGAAUAGUAGUACAGAGAGAGAAUCUCACCUGCUCACAGGUUCCAACAAUGGUACAGUUGCAUUCCCAGCAGGUGCCCAACUCAGAGGCAGAAGAUGGCCGAGGAUCGGUACAGUGGGGGUCCAACAACCCAGGAUUGACAGUGAUGAUGGAUAUAGUGAUGGGACAGUGGGAACCAUUGAGAAGAUAUAAAAUAAAUGGAUGCCAAUAAAUAAUGAUUUGUAUGGCUCUAUGAAAGACUUUUUAUCACAAAGCAUACAUCCAACCGUAAUAACAUCUGCAUGUUUUAUAUUGUAUAUGGCUGUUAAAACAAAAAAAUCUAUUUUUUUUAUAACAAGUGUAAAUGUGUAAAGUUCUGAUGAUGUUGUAAAUGCUUUCAAUUGCUUGUGGAAAUGUAUCGCAAGCCCAAGACUCCAGUAAAUUAAAACCAGACAUAUUUAACUUU